AUGUCUUCAAUACCCGAAUAUCAGCCCUUUCUGAAAUACUCGGACGACCCGACGACCGAAGAACCAUCAUCACCAAGUCGGCCAUCAACCCGUCGGAGCACGCUUUUUUCUCAUGCUCUCGUGCUCAUAGGCACAUCACUAGUAUGGAUACUAGUCUUCUUUCUGUUCUUUCCAACACCAGCUGCGACAACGACGUCCCAAGGCACUGCACUUUCCCAGUCACCAACUACCUACUUAACUGGCCAGCGACACAACAUUACCACCGGUAGAAAAAGAAUUUCUUGCGGCUCCACUACACAAGAGGCAAGGGCAAAGGGCUGCAAAUACGACGUCUUGUUGAAUCACUGGGUCCCAGCGCAGUGCUUUGACAAGGACUCCGUCGAUGAAUAUCAAGAAGAUGCUAGUUGGGGGGCAUUUGCGGAUAAAAACAUGACGCAGCAGUUGACCAUUGACGAGAUGUCAGAAAGAGACUUCUACUGGACUUCGAUUCGGGACCACAUCAACCACUGCGCUAUCAUGUGGCGGCGCCAAUUUUACGCUCUCUUCGACGAGCGGGCUGCAAUUGACACCAUCGUCACCAGCCCUGGGCACACUGAGCACUGUUCGCAGUAUCUCAUGGAUGCCGUGGACUCUAAAUGGAAGGAACCAACAAAGACAAUGAGAGGCUUCGCGGGGUGCUGGGUACGCGAAGUAUAG